AUGUCUGCCGCCAUAGCUUCCCUCGCUUCGUACGGUAGCGAUUCUGAUUCCGAAAAUGAGUCGGAAUCUAACACUAGUGCCGAGAUAGUGGACCCGGACGCCACGGCUCACCUUAAACCUUUGCAGUCUACCCCAAUGAUGUCUUUAGCCGUGCUCAACUCUGCUCCGGAGGUCGCCGUUAAGGAGGCUGUAGAAACUGGCACACACCUGGACCCUUCUUUGAAAGAAGUCACUUAUAAUCCAUCCUAUGAAACCAUGUUUGCACCAGAGUUUGGGCCUAUGAACCCAUUUAAAACUCAGCAGAUGGCUGCUCCAAGGAACAUGUUAUCUGGUUAUGCAGAACCUGCUCAUGUCAACGAUUUUAUGUUUGAACAACAAAGGAGGACAUUCUCCACCUAUGGUUAUGCUUUAGAUCCAUCUGAGGACACACACCAAGUUACCACUAAUACCUACAUUGGAGCAGUGGAUGAGGCUGAGAAAAAUAAAGGGCUAACUGUGUUUGAGAGUGGACAUAAAAAGUCAGAGAAAAGGAAAAAAGUCAAAGGUGGAGAUGCAGGAGAGAUCGAAGGCUUCCUUGGACCAUGGGCAAAAUAUGUAGAUGAGAAGGAUGUGGCCAAACCAUCAGAGGAUGAGCAGAAAGAGCUGGAUGAGAUCACAGCUAAGAGGCAGAAGAAGGGAAGGAAUGAGGAAGAGGCUCCAGGAGAGGAGAAGACUAUUCUUCAUGUUAAAGACAUGUAUGAUUACCAGGGCAGGUCAUACCUCCAUGUCCCACAGGAUGUGGGCAUCAACCUGCGCAGUGCAGAGGCUCCAGACAAGUGUUACCUGCCUAAAAAACAGAUUCAUGUCUGGUCCGGACACACCAAGGGCGUCAGCGCUAUCAGACUGUUUCCCAGCUCUGGUCAUCUACUUCUGUCCUGCUCCAUGGACUGCAAGAUCAAGUUAUGGGAAGUGUACAAUGAGAGGAGGUGUUUCAGGACAUUCAUUGGUCAUAGCAAAGCAGUGCGAGACAUUUGCUUCAACAACAGCGGGACACAGUUUCUCAGUGCUGCCUAUGAUCGCUACCUUAAACUAUGGGACUCUGAGACAGGCCAGUGUAUCUCACGCUUCACCAAUAGGAAGGUACCAUACUGUGUCAAGUUCAACCCAGAUGAGGACAAACAGAACCUUUUUGUGGCCGGCAUGUCAGAUAAGAAGAUUGUUCAGUGGGACAUCAGGACAGGGGAAGUGGUUCAGGAGUAUGACCGUCACUUGGGCGCGGUCAACACCAUCACCUUUGUUGACGAGAAUCGGCGGUUUGUUAGCACAUCAGACGACAAAAGUCUCCGUGUUUGGGAAUGGGACAUCCCAGUGGACUUCAAGUACAUCGCCGAGCCCAGUAUGCACUCCAUGCCAGCUGUGACACUCUCUCCCAACGGUAAAUGGCUAGCGUGCCAGUCUAUGGAUAAUCAGAUUCUAAUAUUCGGAGCCCAAAACCGCUUCAGGCUGAACAAGAAAAAAGUCUUCAAAGGGCACAUGGUGGCUGGUUAUGCCUGCCAAGUGGACUUCUCUCCAGAUAUGAGCUACGUGGUGUCAGGAGAUGCAGACGGAAAGCUGAACAUCUGGGACUGGAAGACCACCAAGCUUUACCACAGGAUCAAAGCUCACGACAAGGUGUGCAUUAGCGCCCUGUGGCAUCCUCACGAAACCUCCAAGGUCAUCACCUGCGGCUGGGACGGACAGAUCAAACUGUGGGAUUAGAGCGCCUAAGGAUGGGGGGGUGGGGAGUAAGGGAGGGGUCUGACAAAGAUACAGAACCAGGUUGUUCUAUGAAUUUUGUUAAAAGCCACAGGACUGGUAUCCAGUCUUAUUGUAACGGCGUAUUUUUUUAUUCUAUCAUGAACGUGUGCUAUUUGUACUUCGAAAACAUGUACACAAUGAACAUGUGCGUACUUUAAAAGUUGUUACUACUGCAAAAAGGUAUGUACAGGUGCACUCUGUUUUGUUUUUCAUUUGUAAAGUCAUCCUUAGAAUACAUCUGUGAUCUUUAGCAAAAGUUAAUUCUCUUUUGUUUCACUAUGACUUUGUGGAAAUAAACAUUCAGUAACUUUUACUUGUGAUAA